UUUGUUUGUUUUGUUUUUAGUUUCAUCAGAGCAGUGCCUGGCCAAGUUUUCAUAUUUCUAAACAACAUGCGAUUGAGUUUCUUCUUUGGAAAGGCUUUUCAGCUUCCACACAAAUUGCAAAUGCAAAUGGAAGUCUACAAUAGAAAAGUACAGGGUGGGCAGGCGCAAAGACGAGUCUAAUUCCAUUGUCAGCUCAGGGGGCCCCAGGGGUCACCUCCACGACAUUGCCCAGGAGAAUGUUUUACUCUUGUGAUUAAAUGAAGGAAGAAAGAAAAUAAACAUUUAAAAGCAAAUGAAUGCCCUAUGCCAGAGUGUGUGGAGGAAUGAAUUAACUCAGGUUUAUGUUUUUGCACUUGAAGGACCUUGGUCAAAUGUUCACAGGGUACUUUGGCUGAGUACAGGACUGCAUGACUCUGACUGGAACCUCUCAUACACAGUUCAGUCAUUUCAAUUUGGAAUAAGCAGGUUAUCCUUAAGUGUGAUCCUUCCUUCAUGCUCUGGAGUGUGCCUAAGUUCAAGUAGAAGGAAAAAACAAAAAGGCCAUUGUACUGGAAAAUAACCUUUUUAACCUGAAUAGUUAAAAAAAUAAAACCAGGCAAUAAAAACCAAGAACCAAAACCAAAAAACCCCCAUGCAAUCUUGUGUGUUUCCUGUUUUUGUAAGAUCAGUAUCAGCCUCAAGUAUUCCGCAUGGUUUGGGAUUCAUGAACACGUGCAUGUUUGUGUGCGUGCGAGCAUGUAAGGGCGUCUGUGUAUAACAUCAAGCAAGGACUUGGUUAACAAUGAUCUGGCACUCUAAAUGUUUAUUCGCAGUCAGGAAGAGGUAAUAAAUCUUCAAGUCUCUGCAGGUUAAUAAAUCCCUAGCUAGUGUGGAUAUUUAAUGAGGCAGCAUUCAGAUUUUUAGUGGCAAUGGGAUCACACUUGAUCAUCCAAGGAGAGUAGAAUUCACAAUAAGUACAGUGUGCUCAGACAGCCAAAGCUCGGAUCAAGAAACAGAACAUGAGCUGGCCCCCAAAUGAUUUGGCUACCUUUUUAUUUAGCAUCCUUACAUUUAAACACACUCUACUGCCCACUUUGUAUCUAGGUGGGUUGCCACCUUUAGAACAGGAUCCACACUGUGUCAGAACUGAACAGGACCUCAAGAUCACCAUAGUGAACCAGCUCAAAUCUCAGAGGAAGAACAGACACAGAAGAGAAGCAGACAUUUGUUGAGGGACACACAACUAAUUGAUGGCAGGGCCAGUCAAGGGCAUUGUGACUCAGGAUGCCUAGCCCACACCUGUGAUGUUCCCACCAUAUCCAACAGCUUACUUUUAUUCAAAGGACAAAGGACAGCAGGCCUACUUUAAUUCCAAGCCAUGAGCUUAUCCAAGAUGCAGGACAAGUACUUCAAAACGACCAUUGCUUGCUUCUUAAAGGAAGAUGACAACUCUUGGGACUUCAAUGAUGAGAAUUUGAACGAUCCCUGCUGGCAAGUAAAGUGGCAGCUGCGACAGUUUGUUAGAAAGAUAAGUUUGGGAACCUAUGAGGAAACCAUUUCUACAGUUUCAGAAAAGCAACAAGAUGGUCCUCGGCUAGUAAUUGGAAAAGGACUUCAGAGAGUAGCCGCUCAUGUAACAGGGAAAACUCGAAGCACGACCCCAUUCCCAGUUCCAAAUGCCAAGGAUGAAAACAUUUUUGGCCAUAAAAUAACCUCCUGGGAGUCAUCAAGAAGAGGACAUUCAUUCUUGAGUAAUUUGCACCUGAGGAAUGGAGAGUUAGUUAUCCAUCAAACGGGGUUUUAUUAUAUCUAUUCCCAAACGUACUUUCGAUUUCUGGAACCUGAGAAUGAUUCAACAGUAGGCAUCAGAAAGAAAAACAAACAAAUGGUACAAUAUAUUUACAAAGUCACAGACUAUCCUGAACCUAUACUGCUGAUGAAAAGUGCUAGGAAUAGUUGUUGGUCUAAAGAUUCACAAUAUGGACUCUAUUCCAUCUAUCAAGGUGGAAUAUAUGAGCUUCAAGAAAAUGACAGAAUAUUUGUAUCUGUAACGAAUGCGCAAUUAGUUGACAUGGACCAGCAAGCCAGUUAUUUUGGGGCCUUUUUAAUUGGCUAGAUGAUCUGCACUUUUGUUUAAUCUUCAUGCAAAUAUGUUUAUUUUUAGAAGAUGCUCUAACCAACCAAGCCAUCCAGCCAGGGAAACACAUUAUCCUCACCUGAGGAUAUUUUUCCAUUGAUUUUUUAAAGAGAGUGUGGGAGAGGGAGA